AUGCACUUACUUAAAAUGAGUAAAUCUCGGAUCUUCCAGAUUUGUGGCAUCAUGGCCUCUGUGUUUAUGAUUCUAUUAAUAAUUUUAUAUUGGGAUGAUGUUGGAACAGCCCAUUUCCACUUGCACACUACUAUUUCAAGAAUUCAGGUUGCACACCUCCCUUUAAAGACAAACUUAAACCAUAACCAGCUGAAUUCCAAAAAGACAGUAGGAGAAAGAAUGCCCACUUCUGAAUCUGACAUUAUUCAGGAUGAUCUUGAUUUUUUGUUGUUUGAAAACACAAAAAGAUACCUACAGGAAGGAGAUUCUCCUGAGAUGGAAGAAACUGUCAAUACAAUAUCUGAACGCAACCUUGAGAAACUCCCAGGCUUUGACUUGGAAAUCAAUUCUGCCAAAACAAAGACUGAAUUAGAAAGGAUGCAAAAUGAGCGGAAACAAAAUAUUAAAGAUGUGUGUGCAGACUCCAGUAUCAUGUUCUCAGGGAAAAAUAGGAGUUUUGAAGAUAUUCCAAAUAAAGAAUUGGACCAUCUUAUUGUGGAUGACCAGCAUGGCGUUAUUUACUGUUAUGUUCCCAAAGUGGCCUGCACUAAUUGGAAGCGGAUUAUGAUUUUAUUAAGUGGCAGUAUUUUGAAGCAAGGCAUUCCGUAUAGUGAUCCACUUGAGAUCCCCAGGGAUUUAGUGCAUAACUCAACCAGUCAUUUCACCUUCAACAAGUUCUGGAAACGUUAUGGCAAAUUCUCAAAACACCUCAUGAAGAUUAAGCUGAAAAAGUACACAAAGUUUCUCUUUGUUCGUGAUCCUUUUGUAAGAUUAAUCUCGGCAUUCCGCAGCAAGUUUGAAAUUAAAAAUGAGGAUUUUUAUAAUCGUUUUGCAAUCCAAAUGCUCCAACUGUAUGCUAAUUAUUCUAACCCACCAUCAUCUGUUAAUGAGGCUUUCUCUGCAGGAAUCAAGCCCAGUUUUGUCAACUUCAUUCAGUAUUUGUUGGACCCUCAGACAGAGAAGAAUAUGCCUUUUAAUGAACACUGGCGGCAGGUAUACAGGCUUUGUCACCCAUGCCAAAUAAAUUAUGACUUUAUUGGAAAACUUGAAAGUUUGGAUGAGGAUGCUAGCUACUUACUGAAGUUGCUCAAUGUGGAAAAGCUUGUUCAGUUUCCACAAAGUUUACGGAACAGGACAGUAAACAGCUGGGAAGAGGACUGGUUUUCAAAAAUUCCAGUAGCUUGGAGAAAACAACUUUACAAAUUGUAUAUGCCUGAUUUUGUUAUCUUUGGCUAUCCUAAGCCAACAAACUUGUUAUUUGAUUGAUGUUGAAAAUGCACUAGAAGUGUUUUAUAAAGAAAAGUAUGCAGUGAAUUCCUCAUAUGCAGCUCCUGGAUAGGCUUUAUCUUGCCAGAAAUAUGAUGGACGUUUUGUGAGGUUGUCUCAAUUUUGCAUUGCAUUGCUUACAUUUAUGAUACAUGAAAUUAUUCUCCACUCUCAUCAUGCAGCCAAACCACAAAAGUAGUUUUGUUUUCAUUUUGGCCAGUAAAGGAUGUUAAGCAGGUCACCUUGCAAAAUGGACAUACUUGAUAGUCUGCUGAAAAUCCAGAUUGAUAACCAGUCUCUUGAGUUUUAUAUUCCAUAUAUGCUGAACUGAUAAGCAGUGGAAUAUAAUCACUGGCAUUUAUCAAUGUGAUGUUCUUUAUUAUGCUGUAAUUAUGAUAUUUUGGGUGAUUAAAUGUGGAUAACUCCAUAGCAGCCAAUGAAAAAUCAAGAGCAAUUUCACUUCUGCUCUCUGAAGUUCAAACUAUACGGUAUUGGUUAUUUGAAUCAGGACCAGGCCUGUUGCUGUAGUGAGAACUUGCCUUUAUGAAUGCUCACUCCUGUGAUAUUGAUUUUUUUUUAAAGAUAAUUCCUUCUCUCUCUAAAAUUUCUUGACUUGUAAAGUCCAGGAUUGAUCUACCUUGCUUUUUUCACAACCUCUGCAAUCAUGAAGGCAUCCUGCGUUACAGGUCUCGGACAAAUACCUAGAUUUCUCACUUGUUAAAACAAAAGUAGCCUAGAAUGCAAGCAUCUUCUGAUCUUCAUAAUUCAUUUUGAUGUAGUAAAUUGGAAGGAAUAUGUCACGGAAAAAUUAAGACAGUGAAGAAUUCUUACUUGAAUUAAAACAUCCCUCUGACCAGAUCAUUAGAGUGCAGUAUUGGGUUAAUUUUAAACAAAACUGUGGUAUUAUUACAGGCUAUUUUUUAACUUUGCAUUUUUAAAAAUUAAUUCAUGGAAUGGGGAAGUCAUUGGCUAAGCAGCAUUUAUCACCCAUCCUAAUGUUAUUAAACAUAUGGGCUAUAAGCAAUGCUAUCUGUAACUGUUAUGAUUGGAAUAUUGUCAAAACAAAGUUUUGUGCCUUGAAUUCCUUUAUUGCAGUAAACAGUUUUUGCACAUAAUUCCAGGAAGUGACAAAUUUCAAUUAGUAAGUUGAGCUACUGACCCUAGUUAAUAAAGUCACAUAGAAAUGUGUCACAAUAUUUGAUUAUUGGUGAGUAUUAUGCAAAUAUGUAUUUUAUACAUUCAUGGGAUAAAGCAAUAGAUUUUGUUGAGAGUUAAGAAAGUACCUUUUUUGUUAAUUUUGAGGAUUUUGCACAUUUUGAUGUUUGUAUAACCUAAGAGCCAAUAGUUAUAGCUAAAAGGAAAACUAAGGGAUUAUUUUCUCUACUAAAUAAUUAACUUUCCAUUUCUCAAAGCAAAGUCCUCUUAUUUUAGAAACUGUCUUAAAUGAGAAUAAUUUUUGCCUCAUGAAAAUCUGAUAUUUUGAAUCUGUUUCUCUGUAAAUAACUGCCUGAUAGCUGCUUUAAUUUUAGUGAGGGAUUGACUGGGUCUUUGGAGCUGACUGGAGAAAAUUGAAAAUGCUCAUCUGUGAGAAAAUUAUUGCUGCCUUGAAGCAGCAGCUGCCAUUAAAUUAGUGGAACUUGUCCAGAAUGCACACAUUAAAAUUCAGACUUUCUGCAAACACUCCUUAUUUGGGUUUAUUGCAAAGAGACAGCUUCCGUAAGCAAAACACUAUCUCCUGUGGUCUGAAAUUUAAUAUGUGUGUAACAUGUUACAGUGUUUUAUAUGUUAAAUUGUUUGAAAUCAUAUUAAAGUCACAAUUGUAGCUGUGCACAGAACACCUCACAGUCAAUGAAAUGCAGUACUGUUGU